CGGACGCCUUUCAAAACGCAGUAAGCUCUCGUUGCGAACGGACGUACAAACCUUUGCGCUCCUCCGUUUUAUUUUAUUCCGCGGCAAACAUUCCAGUGGACAGUGGUGCACUUCAGGCCCAAGACCAACCUACAUUUUAGCUCCCUGCAAACCCGUUUCUCCACCAAAUAACCAUGGCUUCCAACCGUGCAGCAAAGUCUGGUUUCGCCGCCGAGGCCCAGCGCAAAAUCAACUCCAAGUACAGCGAGGAGCUGGCCCAGGAAUCCCUUGAGUGGAUCAAGGCCGUCACCGCUGAGCCCAUCAACACAUCCGGCGACACCGACAACUUCUUCGAAGUGCUCAAGGAUGGCGUUAUCCUGUGCAAACUGGCCAAUGCCCUGCAGCCCGGAUCCAUCAAGAAGGUCAACGAGAGCAAGAUGGCCUUCAAGUGCAUGGAGAACAUCUCGGCCUUCCUCGAGUGCGCCAAGAACUUCGGAGUGCCCACCCAGGAGACCUUCCAGAGCGUUGACCUGUGGGAGCGCCAGAAUCUGAACUCGGUGGUUAUCUGCCUGCAGUCGCUGGGUCGCAAGGCCUCGAACUUCAACAAGCCAUCGAUUGGACCCAAGGAGGCCGACAAGAACGUGCGCAACUUCAGCGAUGAGCAGCUGCGCGCCGGCGCCAAUGUCAUCUCCCUGCAGUACGGAUCGAACAAGGGUGCCACCCAGUCCGGCAUCAACUUCGGCAACACCCGGCACAUGUAGAUCUGCGUCCUGCAUCCAGGAUCCUCCGCCCAUCCUUCGCUCUCAGACAUUCCGCAAUAAAAGACCAAACCAAAAUGCCAACCACUUCCGCAGCCGCUUUUGGGUUCCACACUUUUCACUAUUUGAGCUAAAUUUGGGAAGAGCCCCGAAAUGAUAUGAUACGGAUAUAUAUUUAUGAUACCAAUUUGUAUUUGUAUUCCAUUUGACCAGGCGUAUGCUGUUAUGUAAUAACAUAAACUACUUUAAUUUAAUAUUAUUAAGUACUCGUACAUACGGAUCUUAGGAUGAUUUAUUCUAUUUUCAACAUUUGCAUUUGCGACACGAUCGUUUUUGGAUAGUUUCGUUCCAUAUAAACCGCACUCAGAUUCUGUGCCAUCGAAGACAGUUGGAAAUUGUCCCCAUGCAAAGUGAGAUAAUAAGUGAUCAACGGAUCGAAAACGAAAUGAAUUGUGUUUGGUGAAAGUGUCUUCUAUCUCGUAGAGUAACGAUUACAAUGUUGUUUCGAACUAACCACCUGAAUACCAAUCAAAAACGCAGAGCAUUUAAAAUAAUGUAUUUACAGGCAGAGAAAAUAUACGUGUUACACACUUUUGAAA